AUGAAUUAUUUAUUGUUUUGUUUAUUUUUUGCUUUUUCCGUUGCUGCACCAGUUACGGUUACCAGAUUUGUUGAUGCUUCACCUACAGGUUACGAUUGGCGGGCCGACUGGGUUAAAGGUUUUCCGAUUGAUCUGUCGUGUAAUGCCACACAAUAUAAUCAAUUAUCUACUGGGUUGCAAGAAGCUCAAUUAUUAGCUGAACAUGCCAGGGACCACACAUUGAGAUUCGGUAGCAAAUCGCCAUUUUUCAGAAAAUACUUUGGAAAUGAGACUGCAAGUGCUGAGGUUGUUGGUCAUUUUGACAAUGUUGUCGGUGCUGACAAAUCAUCCAUUUUGUUUCUUUGUGAUGACUUAGAUGAUAAGUGCAAAAAUGAUGGCUGGGCUGGUUAUUGGAGAGGUUCCAACCAUAGCGAUCAAACUAUUAUUUGUGACUUAUCUUUUGUUACCAGAAGAUACUUAACCCAACUAUGCUCCAGUGGAUAUACCGUCUCGAAAUCUAAGACAAACAUUUUUUGGGCAGGUGACUUGUUACACAGAUUCUGGCACUUGAAAUCGAUUGGUCAACUUGUUAUUGAACAUUACGCUGACACUUAUGAGGAAGUCCUUGAAUUGGCUCAAGAAAAUUCAACUUAUGCUGUAAGAAACUCAAACUCAUUGAUUUAUUAUGCUUUGGAUGUGUAUGCAUAUGAUGUGACAAUUCCCGGCGAAGGGUGCAAUGGAGAUGGUACUCUGUACAAGAAAUCAGAUUUUAGCAGCUUCGAGGAUAGCGACAGUGGCUCUGAUUCAGGGGCCAGUAGCACAGCCUCAAGUUCUCAUCAACAUACCGAUAGCAACCCUAGCGCCACAACAGAUGCUAACCUGCAUUGCCACACACAUGCAGAUGGUGAAGUCCACUGUUAA